GAAAUUACAGAUGAUCCUUGCCUCUUCAUUGAUGGAGCUUCAAGGUUUGAUGUGAAACAAGGAGAAUUGGGUGAUUGCUGGCUCCUCGCUGCCAUUGCAAACCUGACGUUGAACAAACGCCUCUUCUACCAGAUCGUCCCCAGUGACCAGGGCUUUGGAGACAACUACGCAGGAAUUUUCCACUUCAGGUUCUGGCAGUAUGGUCGCUGGGUGGACGUGGUCGUCGACGACCGCCUCCCCACCUUCUACGGGCGCCUGGUGUUCAUGCACUCGGAGGAGAAGAAUGAGUUCUGGUCGGCCCUGGUGGAGAAGGCCUAUGCCAAACUACACGGCUCCUACGAGGCGCUGAAGGGCGGCACGACCUGCGAGGCCAUGGAGGACUUCACAGGCGGCGUCUCCGAGAUCUACGACCUGACCAAGGCCCCUCCCAACCUGUUCAACAUCAUGCUCAAGGCCUACGAGAGGGGGUCCCUUAUGGGCUGCUCGCUGGAGCCCGACCCCAACGAAGUGGAGGCCCGCUGCACCAACGGCCUCGUGCGCGGCCACGCCUACUCCCUCACCCGCAUCAAGUACUGCGAGAUCGAGACCCCUCGCGUCUCGGGCAAGAUCCCCCUGGUCCGGAUCCGCAACCCGUGGGGCAACGAGGCCGAGUGGCUGGGGGCGUGGAGCGACAAGAGCCAGGAGUGGCAGUUCAUUCCGGACGAGGAAAAGGAGGAGAUGGGGCUGACCUUCGAGCACGAUGGGGAGUUCUGGAUGUCGUGGAAG